AUCUUAACUAGAUAAUGCAAUCGAAUACUAUCCUGAUGAUUGAAACACUCAAUCUUCCUUUGAAUGCUGUUUCUAUGGCUCUUAGGCAGCCAAUCAAUGCUGAAAACUGUAGUAUAUCUCAAAGUGUUGAGUUUGAUCAGAAUCAUUGGAUGCAAAUGAGUAACAAUACCAGUGAUCUCAAUGUGAUGAAGCAAACCAUCCCAACUUAUAUGGGCAAGCCAACUCUAGACGACUUCUGCUUCUGUAUGCCAAGUGCCCCUGUCAAGAUACCAGAACAGGAGACACUUCAAAUGUCCAAUGCUCUCUCUCAAAGUGUUAAGAACGAGCCUGAGAAGCAACAUAAUAGAGACUAUUUCUUCGACAAACCCAAGGGCUUCAAGGUAAAAGAAGCCAAAAAGGCAGAGCUCUCCCAAUACAGAUACUCUACCUGCUACAAGGUCAACGAAGAAAGCGGCAGGAACCUUCGCUACUACAUUUGAGAAUACGACGGCUGCCGACGACUUUUCAACAAGACAUGGAACUUCAUCGACCACGUCAGGAUCCACACAGGCGAAAAGCCGUUCAAGUGCGAUGUGUGCGGAAGAGGGUUUGCACAGAAGGGGAACCUGAACAAACACAAGAGACUCCACUCGUCCUAA